AUGUACACCCGAACGCCGAACACCGGAGACAAGAACUUGUCCCCUGUGUCCAACGCGCCGUCAACGCCGUCGCAAGCGCCGAGAUCCCUCUACCGUGAGGGCAGCGACUUUCCCCCGACUCCCCGUACGCCGAACACUCCGUGGACGCCGAGCUCGUCCGGCUCUCCCGGCUCUUACACGCCGUAUCCAUCGUCGCAAUUCGGCGGCAGCCACAAUAUCGUGUAUGGUCUGAUGACUCCCCCGGGCAGCCCGGACAAGAUUGCGCGCGGGCAGCCAGACUUUCACCCUAUGCUCGAUGCGGGUGUUAAGCCAUACUCGUUCGACGUGAGGACGGGCCCGAUGCUGCCAGCUCAAGUUUUGAACGCGCCCGCUAUCAACCACGCCGUGAAUCGCAUGACAAUCUACGUUGGCGGUUUGUACACCGUCGAAGUUGUUGGACGCAACAUCCCGACUAUAUUCGAGUUAACAAGUCAACUCGCUUCCGCCUCCGCUCGCAAGGGGUCGGCUCUCGGGAACCGGGGCGGCUUCGCUGGUCUCACCCUGCGCUCUAUCGAGCACGGUGUGGCCGUAUGCGACCUGCAUCUACGCAACAUGUGA